AUGCCGCCGCCAUCGUCGUCUGCCGACCACCUUCCUCCACACCAGCCCGCCGCCCGCCAGCGCCCAAAGUCGCCGGACCGUGUACUCGCCGAGGCCGAAGCGCAAUGGCUCUUUAGUGAGCAAGAACUGUUGCACACGCCGUCGGUCCAGGAUGGCAUGGCNCCCGAAAAGGAGAAGGAGAUCCGUGCAAAGGGCAUCAACUUCAUCCGUCAGGUCGGCAUCAUGCUCAAGCUGCCCGAGCUCACCCUAUCGACCGCUGCCAUCUUCUUCAACCGCUUCCUCAUGCGCGUCAGCCUCGUCGACCGUCCAAACCAAAAAGCAUUGCAUCACUAUACCUUGGGUGCGACCGCCCUCUUCCUGGCUACAAAGGUUGAAGAGUCAUGCCGCAAGAUGAAGGAUCUGGUCGUCGCCUGCUGUCGUGUCGCCCAAAAGAACCCAAAUCUGCUAAUCGACGAGCAAAGCAAGGACUUCUGGAAAUGGCGCGAUACCAUCCUGCUGAACGAAGAUGUCCUGCUCGAGAUGCUGUGCUUCGAUCUCACCAUUGAAGCNCCCCACAAACAGCUCUACGAAAUGCUCAAGUACUACCACGUCCACCACAACAAGCAAUUGCGCAACGCCGCCUGGGCCUUCGUCACCGAUAGCAACAUUACCCAGCUCUGCCUACUAUGUUCAAGUCACACCAUUGCUGCUGCUGCCCUGUACUCGGCCGCUCGCUACUGCAACGUCGCCUUCCCUGAUUCUCCCGACGGCCGCCCGUGGUGGCACGUUCAGCACGUCUCACUCGAGGAUAUCCUGAAGGCUUGCAACUACAUGGCUGCCAAUUACGAACAUGUCCCCAUCAAACCCGGUCACGAAGGCGCUCAAACUAUCUAUGUACGUCUCGAUGGCCAAGAUUCGGACUGGGAUGCCACAAGGCUGAGUAGUGAACAGGCCAUUACCAGUCCCUCCGCUCCCAUACUACACCAAGACACCACCUCGAACGGGAGCAAGAUACAUCACCUUGAUCCACCCCACGACGAUAGAGCCGCCAAGAAGAGACGUACUUCUGAUUCAGCUAGUGUUGCUACUUCUGUUCCUCAUCAUGCAGCGGCCUCGCGAACCGUCGAGAGUCAUGGCAGCGAGGAAGGUGAGGUUGAAGGCUAG